AUGUCGUCGAAGUCCGCAAAUGACGAUUCGUUCACUCUCUACGACCUGAAGGUCGAAGUUGUUUGCCCCCCUGGAAAAAGGAUCCUAUGCGGCGCAAAUGAAGGAGAUCACUUCACUCUUCAAGGAGAGAUGCUAUUUUUACCUCCAGGCCAAGGAAUUAGUAUCUACAGUUUAGCAUCUGUGCUACCGUUGCUUGCUGCAAAGCAGCGUAAGACGGCCGACAACGACUGGAUGACGACCGACGCAUUGAUCGCCUGCCCCGAUCCCAAUUGCCCCUCUCAGUUGAAGAUAGUGCGACAAGGGAUACGAGAAUUCUCCCAUGCAGAGACCACGGUGAUUCCUCUCAACACAUAA